AUGGGUUUCUUCGCGGGAUUCUUCAGCGGCUUCGCGUUGACCACCACCGCUCUAUACCUCUCGAUCCAAGUCCAUCGGUCAAAUCGGCUGGACCAGCGCGAUGUCAUCCGCGAGCAGGUCCAGAUCCUGAACCAGCUAGCCUCCCCGAUAGGUGCAUAUGACCGGCGCCUGGCCCCGAAGACUCUUCCCAAGCCCGACAAGGAGACGAGCCCGGAGUCGUCAAAACCGGAGUUGAAAGAUCUCUUAAAGCAUCGGUGGAACAAGGAGGUCCAGACGUUGGCCCAGAAGGCGCAUCAGAGCCGGUGGGAAGACGCGCGGGCCACCGCUGUGGAAGGAUGGAAAAGCGUGGUGCGACUUGUAAAGAGAGAGUGA